AGAGAAGUCAGCAACUGAAGAUGAACUGUAACCUCAGUGGCGGGGGCGGCACGGAUAGCGGGGGAGGAGGCAAUGAGACUGGAAGCGGAAGUGGAACGGGAUCCGGAAGUGGAAGCGGAUCUGGAAGUGGAUCCGGAAGUGGAUCUGGAAGUGGAAGUGGAACAGGUUCAGGAACCUGUCAGGACAACAACUCGAACUGCAGGUCGUGGGCUUCUCAAGGGGAGUGCGGCUCCAACCCCGGAUACAUGCACGUGUACUGUAGACGAAGUUGCAGCAAAUGCGGUGGAGAUGGAACCGGAUCGGGAAGUGGCACUGAUACAGGAACUUGUCAGGACACCAACACCUACUGCAAGUCGUGGGCGUCUCGAGGAGAGUGUGAUUCUAACCAAGCCUACAUGCAUGUUCAAUGUAGACGAAGUUGCAACAAGUGCGGAGGUACGUCUUGUGAGGAUACGAACGUCUACUGCAGCAGCUGGUCACAGACAGGGGAGUGUCAACGAAACCCUGGCUACAUGUUGUCCUCGUGUAGACGAAGCUGCGGUCAGUGCUGACCAUGUCCAUGCAAUAAACCAAACAACAUG